ACCAUACGGAAAUUAUAUUGGACAGGCAGCGCGUGUGACGCCAUUUUGAUGAAUGCUUUGUGUUAGUACGGAAGAGGUGAGUGCCGAAAAUGUGCGAUUUUUCGACGCUAGUUUAAUGAGAGGCGGCCGCCGGCGUCAAAAAAGUGCACAUUAAUGGCUCGUAAGGAUGUGGUUAAGGAGCGAGAAAAGAGCUAGAGGCAUCAAGUCGUUUUCGUUAUGCGCGAAUCGCAUACGAAAAGUUAGGGCGGCAAAACGAGCUUGCGCCUGGCAAAGUAAAUUAACAAAUAAGUUUCCCUUAAAGCCCUCCGUCGAGACGCUCAAAGAUGAGAAAACGGCAAACGUCGGCAUCGAGCCGACGCCAGUGAAAAAAUUCGACACUUCCACCGAACAUCAUCACGAAGAAUGUAAAGAAAACUACCAGGCUCAGCUCGUGCCCGAGAUCUACGACGCUACCUUAGAAAAAAGUCUCGUCGAAUCGCAACAGUUUGUUAUUUUGGAAUCGCAAGCUUUUAAAUCGUUCGAUGAUCACGGUACCAUUUACAAUAACAAUGCCGCCGAUUUUACUCAAAAUCCUGAACUGCCCGCCGAAAUAGAGUACUCAACAAUUGAUAAUUUAACUUGCACCGAAAAUUUACAGCACUACGAGAUACAAAGUAAUAAAAUGAACUAUCAACUGGUUGAUCGCAAUGGGUACAAUAUGUAUUAUGAAUAUCCGGCUUUAAAAACUCAAGAUUAUCAAGACAUACAUUUAGACUUGAACGAUUUAACUAACGUUAACACACAAGAAUUUACAAAUCUAUUAGACGAAGAAAUGGCCAAGGGAAACGAAUUAAUGGCGAUGAAUAUGACUUCGAUGGCUUACGAUUACGCCACGUUAUACUCGCAAACGUGUAACGACGCCUCUUUAAUCUCGAGUGUUACCGCAUCUCAUCAUCAACAAGAAGAGGAAAGAUUGGAUCGAAGACCCGGACACGUUGAAGUCGAAGAUACAUGGGAAGCAUUCGAUCCUUACAUUUUCAUUAAACAUCUUCCACCGUUAACGUUUGAAAUGCGAUCGAAAUGUCCCGCUUUACCGUUAAAAACUAGAUCAAGCCCGGAUUUUAGUUUGGUUUUGGAUUUAGAUGAAACCCUCGUUCAUUGUAGCUUACAAGAACUUCCAGACGCCAGUUUUCAUUUUCCCGUGGUAUUUCAAGAUUGCUCUUAUACUGUAUACGUACGCACUCGACCGUUCUUUAGGGAAUUUAUGGAAAAAGUCUCCCAGAUGUUUGAAGUUAUAUUGUUUACCGCCUCGAAGAGGGUUUAUGCGGAUAAAUUGCUUAAUUUACUCGAUCCGGAACGAAAAUGGAUAAAGUAUCGUCUAUUUCGGGAACAUUGCGUUUAUAUCAAUGGAAAUUAUAUUAAGGAUUUAUCUAUUCUUGGACGAGAUUUGUCUAAGACUAUUAUUGUGGAUAAUUCUCCGCAAGCGUUUGGAUAUCAAUUAAAUAAUGGAAUUCCAAUUGAGAGUUGGUUUGUGGAUAGAAGUGAUUCUGAAUUAAUGAAGCUAUUACCAUUUUUGGAAGAUCUUGUUCAAAUGAAAGAAGAUGUACGACCACACAUUCGCAACAAGUUUAAACUCUUCAGUUACCUACCACCGGAUUAAAAUACUUGUUAAUUAACCCACUUAUAGACAUUAACCAAUUUUGAAUCAAACAACUAAAAUUUUGAUUCUAAAUUGGUUAAUUUGAAACCUUUUUAACUUCUGUGUCCUGGAAUGGCGAUUGAAAAUCAUCGACCAACGAGUUUCGAUCGACAAAUUUCGUAGUAGUGGUAAUUUCUAAUGGACUUUUGAAGUGCCUGAUUCGGAAAUUAUAUUUUUAAAUGAAUUUUAGGAGAAAAAAAGAUUGUUUCUAAAAGUUCCUGAAUUGUUGUAUAAAAAUUUUUAAAGAUAUCUAGGAUGUAAUCAUUUUCGGUCGAUUUAAUUUUUUUGCUCGCCAUUCCUCAGCCUUGCACCACUAAAGUUAACCGAUUUUUAAACGAAAUAUCGGAUAAAAAUAAAUAAAUAAAUGAAAACACUGAAAAAAUCGUUCUAUAGGGAUCAAUUAUAUAGUAGUAGCGUUCUUGCCAUCCGUGUAAUAAUGGUUAAAUUAAAACUUAAUAAAAAAAAAGAUAAAAAAUUAAGAAGAAAACUAAUGGCAACAGAAAAAGAAAUAAUUAUACAAGCAAAUUUCGUUAGUAACUAUACAUAGAUAUAGUCAUAGCAAUAUUGUGCACAAAAAGUAUAUAUUAUUUGUUAUUUCUGUUCAAAUUUUAAUGAAAAAAAGAUAAGAAUUAAAGGAUAAAAAUUUGUUUUUAUUUGUUUUUUAUCAUUGUUAACGCUAUUUUCGAAAUAUAGUUAAUAUAUCCUUAAAAAAGAGAAGAUACUGUAACAAUCGGUUGUGUAUAAUCUACAUUUAUAUUUCCAUGUAGAUCUAAGUUAUGUUGAAAGCAAGAAAAUUGGAUGUAGCCUUCUUUUCUGAUCUACAUUAAAUAAUUCUUUUUGUGUACUUAGAGAAUUCUGGUUAAUUUACUACAUAUUAUUACUUGUGCAGAUCGUCUCGUAACGUCUAAGAUAAUUGUUGAUGUAAUUAAUAAAUAUUAUGAGUUUAAUUUUUUCAAUUA